GGGACUUACUUAGGGAUGCAACCUUUUGACCAACUCCUCAUCUGAAUCUGCUAGUGAAGAUAAUAUUAAAUAUUCUUCAAUAACCGUGUAAUUACAGUAGCCCCUACAGCCAAAAGGCUUUGCACGAUGGCAUUUGUAAGUGUACAGAACAUGCGGACCCGAUUGAAAUCCGUCUUUCGCCAGAAUAUUUUUCCAUCGUUGACUUCAUAUUUGUCAAGGUCACAAUGGGACAUGUGAAGGCGAGAGUGAGGGUGCAAAUUAUAAUGCAGCUAUUGUAGGUCGCGGGUAGACCUUUAUAAACUAACAAAGAAAGAUAGUUGUGGUGCGCUCCGUUUAGAACCGUUUAAACAACGCACCCCGGAUCUCUCUGAAUAAUUGCCAAAUUGUACUAAUGAACCAUUACUGGCGGUAACGAAAGUGCAGAUCAACGGACAGAUGUACUGUUCUUAUCUUCACUAACAUAUAUGUUAAUUCUUACAUAUAAUAAUGCUAUCAGACAGAGGUUAACAAAUUGUCAAGUUUGAUAAGAAAUGAAAUUAAGUUUGUUGCUAUUUAGUUAAUUUGUAACCGGCCUAAAAUGUUGCGGAUUUUCAUUUUUCUUAUGUUAAUAACAUGUGCCAGAGGAUCGUGGAAAAAAGGCGUCGCUGCGUAUGCACCAAACUUACUGUGUGAUGAUUUCAAAGCACUCAACAAUGUAUCGUGGUGGUACGACUGGUCAAAUAACCUCGACCGAUAUGAUCAUACAAAUACGUUAAACAACUGCCCAUCCAAUAUGACCAAGACCCCAAUGCACGUGCCGAUGAUAAGGACAAUAUGGAAAAAUGGUACCCAUCCAACACUCACGCCGGGAGCAAAGUAUGUCUUAGGCUACAACGAACCCAACCAUCCAGUACAUGUGAAUUUAACCCCGAAACAAGCGGCGGACUUCUGGCCGGAGGUGGAGCGGCUGUCGGCGGGACUCCCUCUAAUUUCACCAGUAAUGGCCGGAGAGGACUUUCCUUGGCUGGACGAGUUCUUUCGCCUUUGCAACAACUGUCGCGUGGAUUAUAUCGGCGCUCAUAUGUAUAGGUGCAACGCUAACCAGAUCAUGCACUUUCUUCAGCAAUUGCACAACCGCUAUCACAAGAAGGUUUGGCUCACGGAGUUUGCGUGUCGCCACACGACGGACGAGAACGCCCAUCUCCACCUUAUGCAGACAUUGCUACCCAGACUGGAGGCUGCACACUACGUUUACAGGUACUCAUGGUUCUCAGCUCGAUUUCAUGGAAACGAUUUUGUCUCUAACUCGACAAGCCUGCUCCACAGCGACUCCUCAACCUUGACAAAAAUUGGGCGAUUCUACAAUGACUUUGAGCCCAGCGGAGCCACGCAUAUUGUUGGCUAGUAUACGCCCAAUGUUAUAACAGAAGGAAAACAUUAAUAAAGGUGUAAACAUC